AUGGCGGAGCAGUACUUGCUUGGAUGGAUCUUGGCCUCUGUUCUGGGCCUCGUGGCGCUGUACAGAACGCUGGUGAAGAGGAACGACGAUCGUCGCAGCGCUUUGGUGGAGAAGAGAAGCGAGUGCGUGAAGAGCGUCAUGGUCUCGAAUGGAGAAUGCAGAUCUACUGACGGCGAUGUCGACGUUAUAAUCGUCGGAGCAGGCGUCGCCGGCGCCGCUCUGGCUCACACUCUCGGCAAGGAUGGACGUCGAGUUCAUGUGAUUGAACGAGACUUGCAAGAGCCAGACCGAAUUGUUGGUGAACUACUACAACCUGGAGGCUACCUGAAAUUAAUUGAGCUGGGACUAGAAGAUUGUGUGGAGGAAAUUGAUGCUCAGCGGGUGUUUGGCUAUGCCCUUUUCAAGGACGGGAAAAAUACCAGACUCUCUUACCCCUUGGAGAAAUUUCACUCAGAUGUGUCUGGAAGGAGCUUCCACAAUGGCCGUUUCAUACAGAGGAUGCGGGAGAAGGCUGCAACUCUUCCCAACGUGCAAUUGGAGCAAGGAACAGUUACUUCUCUGCUUGAAGAAAAGGGAACAAUUAAAGGUGUGCAAUACAAGAAUAAGACUGGCCAAGAGAUGACAGCAUAUGCACCUCUUACUAUUGUUUGUGAUGGCUGUUUCUCCAACUUGCGUCGCUCUCUUUGUGAUCCUAAGGUUGAUGUGCCUUCUUGUUUUGUUGGGUUAAUCCUGGAGAAUUGCGAUCUUCCGCAUGCAAAUCACGGACAUGUUAUAUUAGCAGACCCUUCUCCUAUUUUGUUCUAUCAAAUCAGUAGUACAGAGGUUCGCUGUCUGGUUGAUGUACCUGGACAAAAAGUUCCUUCCAUUUCAAAUGGUGAAAUGGCAAAGUAUUUGAAGGCUGUGGUGGCUCCUCAGAUUCCCCCUCAACUUUAUGAUGCCUUCAUAGCUGCAGUUGACAAGGGUACCAUAAGGACAAUGCCCAACAGAAGCAUGCCAGCCGCUCCCUAUCCUACUCCUGGAGCACUAUUGAUGGGAGAUGCAUUCAACAUGCGCCACCCUCUAACAGGGGGAGGAAUGACCGUGGCAUUGUCUGAUAUCGUUGUGCUGCAGAAUCUUCUCAGGCCUUUGACCAACCUAAAUGAUGCAUCCACACUGUCGAAAUAUCUUGAAUCGUUUUACACUCUGCGCAAGCCAGUGGCAUCCACUAUAAAUACAUUAGCAGGGGCCCUUUACAAGGUCUUUUCUUCUUCUCCUGAUCAAGCGAGAAAGGAAAUGCGCCAGGCUUGCUUCGAUUACCUAAGUCUCGGAGGUGUAUUCUCUAAUGGACCAGUAUCUCUACUCUCGGGACUCAACCCUCGCCCGUUGAGUUUGGUUCUCCAUUUCUUCGCUGUUGCAGUAUACGGUGUUGGUCGGCUGUUGCUGCCAUUUCCAUCGCCUAAACGCGCCUGGAUUGGAGCCAGAUUAAUUUCCAGUGCCUCGGGAAUCAUAUUCCCCAUAAUUAAGGCCGAAGGAGUUAGACAAAUGUUUUUUCCUGCUACUGUUCCAGCAUAUUACAGAGCACCUGUCUCAAGUGAGAAGCAAAUGAAAAAGACUGAAGAUAGCAUAAAUUGA